CUGAAGACCCCCUAACGGGGCGUUGCUGAAGAGUGAAGGCUAAUCCAGUUUUUAUUGUUUUUUCACCCCAGUUGAAGAGGUUUGGAAGCAAACAGAGCUCUACAGAGACAAUGGCGAAAAAGAGGAGAGACGCAGAAGAAGCAGUUGCGGAUGAUGGAGAAGAAAGGGAGGUCGGGCACGUUAAUGGCGAAGCGAAUAAGAAGAAAAAGAAGAAGAAGGAAAAGGAGAAGAACAAGAGCAAGGAGACACCUACAGUCGGCAUCGCUGUGCCUGGCUCCAUCAUCGACAACGCACAAUCGCUCGAACUCGCAACUCGAUUGGCUGGUCAGAUAGCUCGGGCUGCAACUAUUUUCCGAAUCGAUGAGGUGGUAGUGUUUGAUAGUAAGAGUAGUUCGACAGAUGAUUCCACUGUUACAACAGCAAAUGACAUGGACAGUACUGAAAGUGGUGCCCCCUUUCUUAUAAGGAUUUUGCAAUAUCUUGAGACACCACAGUAUCUAAGACGGAAUCUCUUUCCUAGGCAUAACAGCUUAAGAUUUGUGGGUUUGUUGCCACCUCUUGACGCUCCUCACCAUCUGCGCAAGCAUGAAUGGGCUCCUUAUCGGGAAGGUAUUACGUUGAAAGAGAAACCUGCAAAUUCCAAGGGAACAUUAGUUGAUGUUGGUUUAAGUAAGAAUGUUGUGGUCGACCAAGUACUUGAACCUGGAACUCGGGUAACCAUUGCCAUGGGCACCAACCGCCAUUUGGAUUCAGAUUGUUUGCUGAAAGUUGCAUCAUCCUCCAAGCCUAGAGAAGCAGGAUUCUAUUGGGGGUACAAAGUGCGAUAUGCUUCGAAUCUCAGUUCUGUGUUUAAAGAAUGCCCAUAUAAGGGUGGAUAUGAUCAUAUAAUUGGAACUUCAGAGCAUGGUCUCACUAUUAAUUCAUCAGAGCUGAAUCUGCCUAAAUUCAGGCACCUAUUGAUUGCUUUUGGUGGACUUGCUGGGUUGGAAGAGAGCAUUGAAGAAGACAAUGAGCUUAAGGGAGAGAAUGUAAGAGAGGUGUUUGAGUCCUACUUGAAUACAUGCCCUCACCAAGGGAGUAGAACAAUACGAACUGAGGAAGCCAUCUUUAUAUCCCUACAGUAUUUUCAAGAACCAAUUAAUCGAGCAGUGGAGAGAUUUCACCAUUGAAAUUAGCUUCCAGGGCAUGAAGUCUGCAAGGCAAAUCCGACAAUAUGAUCCUAAUCAAACACUGCUACCUAUUAAGUUAGUCAUGGGCAUAAGACGGGUGGGGUGGUGGGAAAGAAGAGCGGUCAGUACAACAUGCCUUAAAAUAUUUUAGUUUUCCUGAAUCCAUGAAUCCUGCUCCAGUCAUCUUAGUCCCCUUUCACAUGUCGAAUACUUGAUCUCACUAGUUCUUGGGGGUUGCGGCCUUGUGGGGAUGGACGAAAUCUGAGAAUAUAUCGGACUUGUUAGAGAUUGUGGUUGUUGCUAUUGAACGUCAUUUUUUCACCAUAUCCCUGGUGGUGUGUUUUUUGAGGGCCAUUUUUAAUUUUUGUUAGCAGUAUAGGAGAGAGUUAGAGACGCGUUUAUGAGGUUUCUUUAUGUGCUUAGUGGUCAGAUAACAUAAUCUUAAUAUUCUUGUAUGAGAUACUGUACCGACCUAGUUGAAUGAAUUUGCCUGCGGGCUUUGAUUUCAA